GCGAGGAGGAGGGGGCGAGGGGGGCACUGAAGAGGUCAAUGCAAAGGAGGCGAGUCGGCACCAGCUCGUCGCGCCGCGCCAGAUCCUUCUCCCACUUUUCUUUUCUCUUUUCCACCCUUUUCUCUUGCUCUUUUUCUUCCCCCUGACCCCUAAUGCUGCCGCUCAAGGUAACUUAGAGCAGGAAGUUGGGAGGGGGCGGGGCCGGGGUUGCGGGGGGAUGACGGACGUGCUCGGCUGGCCAAUGGCAACGCGGAGCCUCGCGCUCUCAUUGGCCGAGAGGCGGGGCCGGGGUGUCACGUAGCAGGCUAGAUUGAUUGCUGGGCCAGCGUUAAAGGCAAAGCGCUUCGAGUCUGGAGUCGGACUGUGACCGCUCUCUCGAACCCUCCUCCCUUUCUGCUUUCUUUUCCUUUUUUUUUCUCUCGUUGGUGGUCUUCAAAUGAAAACGGGGGAAGGUUAAAGGAGAGCGUUUUUCCUUUUUUCACCCCCCGGCGGAGCGAGAGUGCCUUUUUGGAAGGAAGUUCUUGCUGCAAGGAGACUCAAACAGCGUCCCUCCAUCAGCACGGGACGACCAUCCACCAUGAAGGGCACGGGGCUUUCUAGAUCAUGUCCGCGGAUUCGUUCGGUGCCGGCGGCAGCGAUGCCCAGCAGACCCUUCAGUCCUUCUGGCCUCGCGUCAUGGAAGAGAUCCGGAACCUGACUUUGAAGGACUUCCGCGUGCAGGAGUUGCCUCUGGCUCGAAUCAAGAAAAUCAUGAAGCUGGAUGAAGAUGUGAAGAUGAUCAGUGCCGAGGCUCCCGUGCUAUUCGCCAAGGCGGCGCAGAUCUUCAUCACGGAGCUCACCCUCCGAGCGUGGAUUCACACGGAGGACAACAAGCGACGCACGCUACAGCGGAACGACAUAGCCAUGGCCAUAACCAAGUUCGACCAGUUUGACUUCCUCAUCGACAUCGUCCCCCGAGAUGACCUGAAGCCCCCGAAGCGUCAGGAGGAGAUGCGUCAGACGGUGGCCCCGGCGGAGCCGGUGCAGUACUACUUCACCCUGGCGCAGCAGCCCGGCGCCGUGCAGGUGCAGGGCGCUCAACAGGGCCAGCAGGCCGCCGCGCAAACGGCCGCCACCAUCCAGCCCGGGCAGAUCAUCAUCGCGCAGCCGCAGCAAGGACAGAUGCUUCAAGGUGCCACCAUGCAGCAGUUACAGCAAGUGCAGGUGCAGUCACAGGGCACGCCCAUCACGAGUGCCCCCGUGGCCAUGCAGGUGGGCGACCAGCAGGUGCAGAUCGUCCAGGCGGCCGGGGGCCAAGCCCAGACGGCCCAGGCCCAGGGCCAGACCAUGCAGGUCAUGCAGCAGAUCAUCACCAACACGGGCGAGAUCCAGCAGAUUCCGGUGCAGCUCAACACGGGCCAGCUGCAGUACAUCCGUCUGGCGCAGCCCGUCUCGGGCGCGCAGGUGGUCCAAGGACAGAUUCAGACCCUCGCCAACACCCAGCAGAUCACGCAGACCGAAGUGCAACCGGGACAGCAACAGUUCAACCAGUUCACUGACGGGCAGCAGUUGUAUCAGAUCCAGCAGGUGACGGUGCCCGCCGGGCAGGACCUGAGCCAGCCCAUGUUCAUUCAGUCCACCAGCCAAACGGGAGAAACGCAAGUCACUCAAGUCACCGCCGACUGAGCUCGACCGAGGCACCGCCGGCUCGUUAGUUUUUCGUCAUCAUGUUCCCUUCCCACCCACGUAGUCGUUUACGUUUUUAUACUUUUUUGAUAUGCUCUCUGCCGCACCCCGUCUGCCAUUUUGUCUCGCCGUUGGACGGAAGUAGCCCUAUGCCUCACCCACGUGCGGAGGAGGAGGAGCUUCAACAAUUAUGAUUAACACACCGUUUUUGUCUUUAUUUGAAUAGAGUUGCCCCUCUUUCCCUUUAUCGGUGUUUCACCUUUUUGUACAGUAAUGACCAGCGAUUCGUCAUUUGUUUUUGUGUGCGUGUGGUCCAAACUGCCAGCCGGCAUGACAUGCGGAACCACGGGUACAAUUUUUUUUUUUUUGCCAUGUUUUGUAAGCAAAUUUUGUUGGUGACAAAAAAUAAUAAUUAAAUGGAAAAAACCUGCA